CAUUGAGGCUCUACCGGCUACCUCAGCAACGCUGCAAGGCCGUCCAUCAGUCGCCCAAUCGCUCGUGAUCUCUGCGGGAUGCGCAUCGCGGUCGUCGGAUCAGGCGUCUCCGGCCUGAGCACAACGUGGCUGCUGAACGAGUACUCGGACCACGAGGUGCAUCUGUUCGAGGCGGAUGACCGUGUAGGCGGACACACCAACACGGUCCACUUUGACCCGCCGCAGCAUGCAUCUUCGCCCUUGUCUCUGACGAAGGUACCAGAUCAUCCCCAGGAUGCUGCCACUUCGGGCACCCCUUCGAGCCAGGCAAAGCCGAACCUCCAGUCUACGCCGGUCGACACUGGAUUCAUCGUCUUCAAUGAGGUGACCUACCCCAACUUCCUCCGCUUCUUGCGGUUGCAAGGCGUGGACAUCCUCGACUCAGACAUGAGCUUCUCUGUCUCCCGCUCGUCUGUGCCACGGCUGCCGCGCUCCUUCCCGCCCAUCCCAUCCUUCGGCUCUUCCUUGCCCACGAUAACAAAUGCCGGUCAGGCGGUGUGGGCGAAUCGCAAUAACCAACGGGGUGCUAGCGACGGUGACGACGACGAAGAUGCUCUUUUGCCCGAGCGCGGCGCAUUCGAGUGGGCCGGCGGGUCUCCUUCGGCGCUGUUCUGCCAAUUCACGAGCCUCUUCGACCCAUCGCAUUGGCGCAUGGUCUGGGAGAUUAUCCGCUUCAACCAUGAGGCCCUCGUCACCUUGCGUCUUGACUCGAACAAGAAACGACAAAAAGGGCAGACCGAGAGGGAAGAGAGCAUUUGCGAGUGGUUGGACGCUAGGGGAUACAGCGAUAGCUUUAGGAAGAACUAUCUCAUCCCCAUGACCGCCUGCAUCUGGUCCACACCACCCGGAACGGCUCUGCAGAUGUUCCCAGCGGUGACUCUUCUGCGCUUCAUGCACAACCACCAUCUCCUGCAGAUCCUGAACCGUCCACAAUGGCUCACCAUCCGUGGAGGCUCGAGCGAGUACAUCCAGCGCAUUCUGUCCAAACUGCCGCCAGGCAGGCUGCACACGGGCCAAUCUGGCGCAGUGCAGCCCGGGAGCGCAAAGAAGUUCAUGGAUGGAAAUACGAGGGAGUGGACAUUCGUCACUGCCGACGGUCAGGAGCAUCGAUUCGACAAGAUCGUUUUCGCGACUCAUGCGGACAUCAGCUUGGGAAUUUUAGAUGCAGCGCUGGACGGUGGCGAGCCGCUGCGUACAGCCUUGGAGCAGUUCAAGUUCAGUAAAAACAAGACCGUGCUGCACAGCGAUGAACGGCUCAUGCCUGUGCGGCGCGCAGCCUGGUCAGCAUGGAACUUUCUCGCCGAAGAGCAGGAUGGCGGCGUUGAUUUGGACCGCGUGACGCUAACAUACUGGAUGAACCUGCUGCAAUCGCUGCCGAGCGAGAAGCAUGGACCUGUACUUGUCACGCUCAACCCACCACCCGGCCCUUCGUACCCGGCGAAGCACCUGAUCGUCAGGGAGCAAGCGUAUGAGCACCCCAUCUACACGUCUGACUCGGUGCACUUCCAAGCAGAGGUGGAGAAGCUACAAGGCAGCAUGGGACUCUACUUUGCUGGCGCAUGGCUUAAGUACGGCUUCCACGAGGACGGCUUCUCAUCCGGUAUGCGCGCAGCCAUCGCACUGGGCGCCAAGGCGCCCUUUGAGCCGAUACCCGCCGAGCGGCCUGUGCCGCACCUGCUGCUCGCCACGGCGCUUGUCGCACUUGCCGAGCGCGCGCGCAGCAUCGCGACUGCCCUCUUUGCGUCGCCUGUCGUUUUCGGGCUGAUCGUCGCGAAUGUGCUGAUCGAGCUGGCGGUAAAUAUUGCCUUUGCUUUCACCACGAGCGCCGAUUCGAGGCAGAGCAGAAAAUGCCAGAUCAGGAACACUCUUAGGGAGAUCAGAAUCAGGUGGGAAGGGUCGCUCGGCCACGUCCCGAACGGCGACAAGCCGCCCUUAUGGCAUCCCGAGCGGGCCAUCAACGGAAAGGGUUCCCAUUAAUGGCGGCACAUGGGCACCUUGGCAGACAAGACUAUUCUAAAGCCGUCAAGACAGCAAAAGAGGCAUAUUGCAAUGGGCCGUGGAACAUCAGGGAGAGAAUGCUAUGUUACGGUUUCAGAAGCCGCGCGAUUAAACGAUCAAGCAGUACGAGUGUUGUAGAUCAGUUGCAAAACCUUUGUUCUGAAAUCCUCGAUGGCU